AUGUCGCAAGAAUCGUGGACCGACGUCUGCGUUCAUUGCGCUGAACUCCUCGCCGCCGUUCCUCUCCCUAUCCUCCUUGUGACAUCCGCUGCAACCCUACUAGGAGCUUUCGUCCUUUUCUACAUUGUCCUCUUUCUCGUCGCACCGGUCCCUCGACCCCCUUCGCUGGAAGAAAAGCAAUACCGCACCCUUGCAAAAGAUGGAUCCAUCACCGACCCUCAACCCCUCCCCUGCUGGCUCGACGCUGUGCGGAAGCGUCCCGGGCGCCCCUACGACCACGCCAAUCUAGACAAACCCGAGCUCUUCAUGUCCCUCGUCGUGCCCGCCUACAACGAGGAGGACCGUCUCGCGGGCAUGCUGGAAGAAGCGGUGAACUACCUAGAGCGGAUGUACGGCACCCUGGCCGCGAACACCGCCAACGGCACAGGCGAAAAGUCCACCGCCAAUGGCCACGCCCGCCAGCGCAACCCAGCCAACGGUCAUGUCAACGGCCACGCGGCCAACGGCGUCUCUCUGGACAAGGGCUGGGAGAUCAUCAUCGUGUCGGAUGGGUCCCGCGAUCACACAGAGGACGUCGCUUUCAGCUUUGCGCGUGACCACCAGCUCUCGCCGCAUCCCAAGGGUUACGCCGGCCCCUGGACUCCCGGCACCCAUGAGGGCGUCCAUAUCCCGCCAGGCACCAUCCGCGUGGUCACCCUGACGCAGAACCGCGGCAAGGGUGGUGCUGUCACGCACGGCCUGCGCCAUGUUCGUGGUCAGUAUGUGGUGUUUGCGGACGCGGACGGGGCGAGUAAGUUCGAAGAUCUGGGGAAGCUCGUCUCGUCGUGUCGGGCGGUGGAGGACGCAGACGGACGGGGUGUGGCAGUGGGCUCGCGGGCGCACAUGGUUGGGAGCGAAGCUGUCGUCAAGCGUUCGAAACUUCGAAACUUCCUCAUGCAUUCAUUCCAUUUGAUCCUGUGGCUGAUGACGCCGCGGAAAACCGCGACGAUCAAAGAUACCCAGUGCGGAUUCAAGCUAUUCUCUCGUACAGCGCUGCCGUACAUUGUCCCGUACAUGCAUUCGGAAGGGUGGAUUUUCGAUGUAGAAAUGCUGAUGCUGGCGGAAUUUGCCAGUAUCCCCGUCGUCGAGGUCCCCGUGGGCUGGCGCGAGGUGAAGGGAAGCAAGUUGAACGUCCUCCGGGACAGCCUGGGGAUGGCUUGGGGCCUGUUUGUGCUUCGGGCGGCGUGGUCACUGGGAGUAUAUCGACGCGGUUGA